AAAGGGGUAUGGGAUGAGGCUGGGGGGAAUAGAGCGCACGCGAGUGAGGCUGCCUAUCAAGUCGACUUCGUUCGUGGAGAGAGCACGUCUUGGUUGGAAGGAUAUUCGACUUGGGUGACCACCACAAACAUCCUUCUAAAUGAGCAGAGAUUUCAUUUGAUAGAUAACGAUACCGGGUUCGGGGGGGAGGCUGGUGGUGGACUGAAUGGAGAAGAGUGGCAUAUGGCGAAGAGAUGUGAGCGACUUCGUCUUCGUGGAGACCUUAUCUUCACACCCCCUCAUGAGCACGUUGGACCCGGAAGAACGCUAUCAAAUUCCCAGGGAAUCCCAUAG